AAUAUAUAUUUGUGGAUAAAAAUGGAGAGGUCAGUGACCGAAGCGACAUUUAUUGCCAACAUUGAAAGGACUGCACGAUCCACACUGUUGCCAAGGUCCAACGUGCCGAUUCACACGGAGAUGAUAGAGUACGCAGUGGCCUCGACCCGAUUGUUUUUUAUUCACCACCCUUCCGCCUGGCGUCAAUGGACCUCAAAGAACGAGGCUUUCGAGGAUCUUUCUGCCCAGGAUGCCUGUGACAUUUUCCAGACCGAAGUUCUGCCCCAGUUGGACACUUACAAGCUGCCGCAGCCGACUAAGAGACGCCUAAAGCUCUUAGACAUGCAUCCUUUCUUCAGUCGCGUCGAGAAUGGCUAUCAGUACACUCCAGAUCCCAAACUAACAUCUCAAUUCGCACUGCAGCACCACCGCGAUUUCCUCCUCACUGGAGAUGUCCAGAAAUACAAGAAAAUCGGGUUUGAAGGACGAUCCCAAAUCGUGGUUAUAGACAAAGAAGAGGCAGAGCGGAUGACUUGUGUUGGAUACAACAGCAAAGUAAGUCACGAGACUUCUGUGUUGUUAUCGGUAAUGUUCUCCACUGAUAAGGAGCUUUCUAUUGGCCAAAUGCAAGAUCUCGGUGAGAUUCACCAACGAAUGCGUCGUGCCAAACAGGCCUUCGAGGAUACUGCCAAACAUUUUCCAUUCCGUCUAAACAUUGAUGAUCUGGUUUACAAUAUGGAGAUCUUUGUUAAGGUGAAGUCUAAAAUUUGCAAAGUGUUGAGUGAUUUUAGAAACAAAGAACUGGUUGCUGUUUUAUAACUUUUGUUAAUAGUUUUGUAAAACUAUGCGAAAUCAUCAGAAAUACGAAACUAAGAAGGUGUACUAAAAAUUUGAAUGGAAUACAUUUUCAGUUGCUUA